AUGACUGUGCUAGAAGCCAAUUCCGCCGCCUCAUUUAUGCAAAUUUCGACAUCAGACGCCAAUCUGGGACACAUCGAUCACUUUAAGCAGUUUUUAUAUUCAAUGCAAGAAGCCCGUCGAAGUAUCGUGAAAUGCAUUUUGGAAAAAGUCGACGUGCCGAAGGAUUUGAUUUUGGUGCUCGAGUCGACCCUCCGAAUGCUAACCGAUUCGCGAACGGUGGGAUUCCAGCGGAAAAUGCGCACCCAAUUCGACACGUUCACGCUGAAUAUCAAGGAUGAGAUCAUCGGGUUGAAGAAAGACCUCGAGAUUCUCUCACGAUACAAGAAUGGCUCACUGGAGGCCAGUGAACUGGAGACGGUGCUCGCCAAUUUCCAUCCCAUCUCACCGGAAAAAUUCGUUGAAGAGCUCGACGCUUGUUGCAGCUUCCUCGUCGACUAUGUCGAGAGUGCGCAACCGGAGCGGGAGAAUCGGAAGCCAUUGUUUAUCACUGAUUGGGACGGAACGAUGAAAGAUUAUUGCUCUCAAUAUGCCACAAAUCUACAGCCAAUCUACUCAGCCGUUUGUAUGGCCGGUUUCGCGCAAGAGUUCACAAGGCUGGCCGCUGUGCUCACCGCCGGGCCAUUGAGAGGUCCCGGCAUUCUCGACCUUACCGCCUUGCCCAUCGAUGGCCCAUUGUUAUUCAGCGGAUCGUGGGGCCGUGAAUGGUGGCUGGACAAUCAUCGAGUGGUGCAAGAUGAGGGAAUAUCGGAAGAAGGGAUUGACGCAUUGGAGAGGAUGAAAGACGAGAUGGGAAUAUUGCUGAAAACAGGCGAAUACUCACAAUUCGCGCUGGUCGGGAGUGGAGUGCAGAGAAAGGUUGACCGACUGACGCUCGGUGUGCAAACGGUUUGCGGCCACGUGCCAGCCGCGCUCUCCGAACGAUACCAAGAAGAAGUGAGGGAAAGAAUGCAUCGAGUUGAUCCCUACAAUCAGAUCCUCGUCUUUGAUCCGUCCACCGAGUUAGAGGUCGAGGUGGUCGCUCAUUCAUCGGGCAGUGUUUGGAACAAAGCGAAUGGGGUCUCCCGGGUCGCCGAGAUCAAGGGUGACAGUCUGCGUGCACCGGGUCGAGUGCUUGUCUGUGGUGACACGAUGUCCGACGUGCCAAUGGUGCAACAAGCAAAGCACGAGAAUCCGGGGGGCGUGAUGGCGCUUUUCGUGCGACCGAGCGAGAAAAUCCGUGAAUCGGUGCUCGCCGUUGUCGGUGACCCAACCCGUGUCUGUUUCAUCUCAUCGCCGGACGUUUUCCACGCAGCCGCCGCGCGGCUUUUGGAAACGAAAUCGGAAUUGGAU